GCGACAACGAAAAACCAAAAGCAAGUCAGGCAGGGUGCAAGUGACUCUUGCGAAGUUAGGAACUUGGAGUUUGUGUUUCUUUGGUUCCUUUUCAUUAUUUACUACCCUCAAUUGGCCCAUCAUGUCUGUCAGAGUGGUGGCACGAAUUCGGCCUCUAUUGGACAAGGAGCUCGAUAAGGAUACGAUUGUACGCGCAGAAAAUGGACCGGAUGGGAAGCUCAAUAUCGUUCGCAUACCAAAUCCAAAGAAAGAAGAGGAGGAAUUUAGCUUUACUUUCAAUGGCGUUUAUGACAUGGAGACCACACAAGAGGAGCUUUUCACCAACGAAGUUGCGCCGCAUAUAAAAUCACUUUUCGCCGGCCUGGAUGUUAUGAUUUUUGCAUACGGCGUUACGGGAACCGGGAAGACACAUACCAUGCGGGGAGGCAUGAAGCUUUUCGACAGAGGAAUUAUUCCGCGAAUGCUCAGCAAUAUAUACCGACGUGGGAAGAAAGUGAGCAAAGAUUCGGGAGGAGAAACAACUGUCAAUGUGACGAUGUCCUAUUACGAAAUCUAUAACGACAAAGUUUACGACCUCUUCGAACCGCCCGAGCAACGAUCGUUAGCAGGUCUACCAUUACGGGAGAACGCUGGAAAGACCGUGGUUGUUGGCUUGUCAGAGAGGGCUUGCAAUGACUUGAAGGACUUUGAAGCUCUAUACAUCGAAGCAAACAACAACAGAAGCACAGCUGGAACGAAGCUCAAUGCGCAAAGCAGUCGAAGUCAUGCUAUUCUUAUGGUCAAAGUUACCCAAACCAAUGGAGACGAGCAAUUGAUCAGUACAGCAUCAGCGAUUGAUCUAGCUGGUUCCGAGGAUAAUCGACGUACAGAUAAUAACAAGGAGCGCUUGGUCGAGUCAGCCAGCAUCAAUAAGAGUUUGUUUGUGCUUAGUUCUUGCAUCGAUGCUAUUGGACGUGGAGACAAGAGAAUACCAUACCGAGAAAGCAAAAUGACGAGAAUCCUUAGCCUUGGUCAAAACAAUGGCAUUACUAUCAUGAUCCUCAAUCUGGCUCCGCUUAGAUCAUAUCACCUCGACACACUUUCCAGUCUUAACGUGAGUUCAAGAGCGAAGCGAAUUGAGGUCCGAGAAAUCGAAAAUGAGGUGGUUUUCACCCAGCCGCCCAGAAAAACCGCUCCUCUCACAGGACAAUCCAUCCAACGUCAACCAUUGAGGCCAUUGGCGAAUGCGCACAACACCCAUGUCAAUGCCGGGGCUCAGAAGGGAGACAAGCCAGCUAAGGCGUUCUCCGUAUAUACUGACAAGAGCAAACCUUCGGUUUCGAGAUCAUCCACACAGCCAGUUCGAAGGGCAAAUUCCACCAGCAAGAGAACAUCGGAUUCUGCAGGCAAUACUAGACCAGCUAAGAUGGCAAGACAUAAUCUGACAGGAGUGAGAUCUUCAACGGAGAUGUCUUCAUCAAAGAUCGAGGAGUUGAUUGAGCGAAAGGUACAGGAAGCACUUGCGAACCGUGCUCUGGAGCAGCCAGCACCCAGUGCCUCUAACGAGAUCAGCGAAGCAGUUCAAAGACGCCUCGAAGCUCUAGAAAAGCGCAUUGAGAGUGGUGAAGCUGAGGAUGAUACCAGAGCUGAAGGACUUCGUUUCUUGCUGAUGGCAAAGCAACAUAAAGAACGCGGAGAAGAUGUGUCUGCACUGAAGAUGUACGAAUUGGCAGUUCCAUAUUUUCCAGGUCAGGAGAGACUGCAAAAGAAGAUCGAUGUCCUGAAGGCAAAGAUUGCUGCGAAAAGAGAGGGCACAUUGAAGGUGUCUAUUCCUUCGGAGACGGUGGUGAAGAGAACACUGGCUACAGCACCCAUUGCUCAACUUCCAUCACCUGUGGAUUCUCUCGAGAAUAUCAUAGAAGAGCUCGAACAAAGACCGCUUGCGAAAGUCCGCAAGGUCAGAACCAGUGCUCAGUCGGAUGCAGACUUCAACGGCUCGGCGAUCAUCCAAGCAGAUGAAUACGAUGAAGACGAUAGUUUCUCCUACAAGACGUCUAAGUCUAAGAAACCCAAGUCCAAGUCCGCAAAAUCGGCACUGCGUAUCUUUGCAGACGAGGCCGAGGGUGAUGCUCCAAGACCAAUGACACCUAAGACGAGACAGCUGUUGGAUAUUGUCAAUUCACGGAACGUUGCAAUGAUUACGGGUCUCAAGGGCGUAGGCAAAAAGAAGGCAAACGACCUGGUCGAAUUCUUGGAGCUUCGGAACGAGGAUGAAGGCGGCAAUAUUAAGACCCUUCAGCAAUUGGAGGCUGUUCCUGGUUUGGGAAAGGCCACUGUGGAGAAGGCGUACAAAGGAAUAUCUGCAUUGCUUGUAUGAAUAUGGGAUUAUGGCGUUGCAUUGUUUGGAGUCAUGGUUGUUGGGUAUACCUUACACUGAGGGAGUUUGGAGUAUACAUGUAGAUCAUCAUUUGACCAUAG